UGGGGGUGGCCAUGUUUCUGAGGCACUGUGUUUUUCUCGCUUCACGCAGUUUUUUAACUAGUUGCAGCAGUUUUAGGGACUUUAUUACAGGACGCUGGUGAUUCGGGGCGGUUCUGUAGGCUGGGGAAGCAGCUGAGCGGUUCCUGCAGUCUGACCUGCGGAUAGAGGGACAGCGGCUGUGCGGCGGCGCGGCUGCCCGCUGUCGGCGCUCCUCCUCCCGCUGGACGCUCAGCCCGCAGCUCGGUACCUGCAUGGCUCUGGAGGAGCUGACCGAGGGGAAGCUGGGCAGGAAGGUGACCCUCAGUCUGGCUCCUUACAGCCGUGCAGUGAGGACACCUGCACCGCAAGAAUCAUGUGCAAUUUAAAGAGGUGGUUUUAAUCAUAAUGAAAACCAGCUCAGCCAAUAGAGGAAGACCUCCUCAUAUCAACACUAAGACUACCAAUACUACAUGUGGAAAAGAAGAUACACUAAAUAGGAGAGAACUACUGCCUACAGAAUGUGAUUUGAUCAUCUCAGAGGCUGAUAAGCCUCCACCACACUAUGCCCACAAUGGAAUAAAAGACUUCAAAGAAGGUACCUCUUCAAAAACAAACCAAAUAAUGCAAGAACCAGGUCACUUGGCGGUAAUGCAGGGUAGCAGCAGUCUGCAGCCCCGGGCUUCUGGUUCCAAAACCCAGUUUCCAAAGACAGAACCAGACUCUGUUCCAGUACACUGGGAUGGUGUGUUAAAAAAUGAUCCAGACAUUCGUAAGGUGGUGUUCAAUGGAGAGACAGUUGUAUGCUUGAAGGAGGAGCAGGAAGAAGAUUGGCCAGUGGUUAAGAUUGAGGCACCAGAGGGGGUCUUUGACAGUGAACAUAGACAAGGUGAAGGACCAGCUCUCAGUUCUUUCUUUCCCUGUCCGUACUGCUCUGUGUCCUUCACUGAUUUCAAGUAUCUUGAGAAACACCUGAAAUGGACGCACCGGAGUAACUACCUCGCCUGGCUUAAAAACCACAAAACAACACCUCAAUGUCCCAAGAUAUCCUCCAGAAUGCUAAGCUGCUCCUUCUGCUCCCAGCACUUCUUCACCCAGAGUCAGCUACAGGUGCACAUGCAGCGGAGUCAUCUACCUCCACCUGUGCCCGUCCCGAAACACUACACCUGUCCGCAGUGCGAUCGCAGCUUCAGCUACGUGGGAAACCUGCAGAACCACUGCCGACAGUGCCACGGUUUGGACACGGUGUGUACGGACGGUAAGGUUAGUUGUGCGUUGUGUGGUAAAAGCUUCCUGGGCAUGUGGGGGCUUGGACCACAUCGCUGUAGAGAGGAAGAAGAAGAAGAGGAGGAGGAGGAUGAACAGGAGGAGAGCAAACCAGACGUGCAUUCGGACAGACCUCUUUGCACAGACCGUGGUUACCUGUGCCAACACUGCGGCAAGAACUGUCUUACACUUCAAAGUCUCACAAUACACAUGCGCAGCCAUACAGGGGAGAAGCCGUACGCCUGCAAGGACUGCGGCCGGGCCUUCCGAGAGCUGAGCAGCCUGCGGAGGCAUAUGGUCAUCCACACUGGCAUCAAGCCCUACGAGUGCCCCGAGUGCGGCAAGCAUUUCGCCAGGAUGAACCACCUCACUACUCACCUGCGGACGCACACGGGUGAAAGGCCUUUUCCGUGCUCGGAGUGCGGGAUGAAGUUCAGCCACAAGGGGACGCUUUUGAUCCAUCAGCGAGUUCACUCCAGAGAAAAGCCCUUCUCCUGUCCAGACUGCAGCAAAGUCUUCGCAACCCUGAGCAACAUGAAGACCCACCAGCUCAUGCACAACCAAGACCGCAUUCACAAGUGCGAGCAGUGUGGCAAGAUGUUUGCACGACCAGAUGUCCUCAAAAAGCACUUGCGCAUCCAUAGCGGAGAAAGGCCUUACCUUUGCACCGUCUGCGGGAAGGGCUUCAAGCGCGUCCAGCACUUGACGAACCAUCAGCGCACGCACACCGGCGAGAGGCCGUACGCCUGCGAGGAGUGCGGCACCAGUUUCAGCCAGUCGGGGGAUCUGACCAAACACAUGCGUGGCCACACUGGGGAAAAGCCCUACGCCUGUGCUGACUGUGACCGACGCUUCAACAACUCCGGGGACUUGAGCAAACACAGACGCAGUCACACCGGCUACAGACCCUACCGCUGCCAGGAGUGCAGCAAGGCCUUCCUCAUGCCCCAGCACCUGAAGACACACAUGCUCACACACACUGGAGAGAGGCCACAUAGCUGUCCACACUGCUGUCGGACCUUUAUACGGGCGCACCACCUAACCGAGCACAUCAGCAAGCACCACUGAUGUUGGGCAGUUUGCUCAUACACGUCUCAAAUAAACGUCUAGCACUAUGAUGAUUUAGGAGGUUAAUGGAGAAUUACCUGUUUUUUUUUUUUGUUUCUCUGUUUAAAUUAAUCAAAUAAUUUAAUAUUAACGUGAAUAUAAACAAAGUGAUUCGAAGUUGUUUGUUAAUUUGUUCUUUUUAGAGAAAAUUUGAUAACUUUAUUUCUUCAUAGUGGUCGGUUCUGAUUAGUCUACAGUGCAAAAAUAGGCUGUUUAAUUUAUUUUACAAAAAACACCUAUAUUUACAGUUAUAUAUACUGUAAUAAUAAAAUACUGGUUCAUCUGAAAACAAAAAAAGAUUCGCCUGUCUAAUCAAUACAUAUUUGUAUUGGAUUGAGUAUUCAGUUCCAUUCCUUUGUUUUUAACGCUGUGCUUUUUUUUGGGUCUAAGCCAGCAACAGUUUGCUCUAUGAGGAGUAGACUAAUGCACACACAUUAGAGACUACUUAAAAACUAGUUUACAUUUACAAUGCUACAAAAUAUUUCACAUUAGCAACCAACAAAAAAAAACAUACACUACAUGUCCAGAUGUUUGUGAACACUUUUUCUAAUGGAUGCAAGUCACAUCCAUUGCUGCUUUGGAUGUGCAAAGGCACACACACAAACAGCUUGUCUGGUCCUGAAUAGAAGUACUGCCAAUAGAAUAGGAGUUUCUGUUGUGUAUCUGUUGUGUAUCUGUUAUACUGUAUUGUAUACCACUGUAGUGUUUUAAAACAACUGGGAGAAACGAAUGUCUUAUUGUCAUAUUCUAUUAAUUGUUUACUAAAACCAAAGUGAUUUGACUUCAAAAUUAAAGUUAGCAUUAAGCUAAUUUGAUUAAAUCAGGGGGGCAACUAACCUGAAUUAGGACAUCCCUAUAAACCACUAAGAUAAAAGUUUUGGUUGAGUCUAUUUUGUCUUAUAUACCCUCCAUGCACUUCUCCACUGUGAUUUGAUUAAAAAACGCAGAUACACAGUGUCAUUGAUGUGAAGCACCACAAGCUAAUAUCAGUAGCAACAGUGCCCCCUUGCCUCCUCGAGUGAAUUACAAUGCUAGGUCAAUGAGAUGCUUUGUAUAUUAAAAAAUGCUUCAGACUGAUAACAUUGGUUUAAAAGCCUGCACAAGACAUCAGGGAGCGUCAGUUUGCACUUUGGACUUCUGCUUCCAUAACCACCACUGUAAAGAAAUCUAGAUUGAUAAGUUUCUCUAAAAAAUAAAUAAUAUUAUUUCCUUUUCAACCAUUAUUUAUGCUGAAAUGUAGAAAUUUAGUAUCCUUAUUUUUAAAAAAAGUUUUCAAUAAAUAAAAAUGAAUUGCUUUUCAGUUUAUUUUGCAGAGACAACAAAUAUGGAAUUUACUUUAAAUUACCGUGAAGCUUUUAAAGUCUUCACCUUUAGAAAAUGUUUAAGGCCAAUGCCAUUCAUGCUUUGUCUUAGAAGCUCAGUUUCUUCUAUAAAUUGACUAAUCAUAAAAUGUUUAGUGAACAACAGUAAGACAAUGUUUUAUAUAUUAAAGUCACAGUUUGGCCGACAUUGAAAUUCCCACAUAUUACCUCUUGUUCCAAAUACAGUUAAUCAGUGAAGGCAUGGUGGCUUAUUUUUUGUUUUGCACUAGAACUAAGAUGAUAAUGUAGCCAACAAGUAAUUAAUGCUUAUAGCUGCUCUUUGUCAUUGAUUAAUAAACUUCAUGCCUGAAUCA